GUCCGGUGUCCUCGCAAUGCCACUGGGUUGAUCCUGCGAAGAUGCACUUUAGAUGAAGAGGGGAUAGCAUACUGGGAGACUCCGACAUACAUCAAGUGUGUUUCCAUUGACUACAGGAAUAUACAGAUGAUGACAAGGGAGCAUCUCUCCAAAGCUCAGCGGGGGCUGAUGGGAGAAGGGGUAUCUGAAGUGCUCCAAAACCUCGUGGAGAUCUCCCAGGAUGGGACCAGCUACAGCGGGGACCUGCUGUCCACUAUCGACGUACUCAGAAAUAUGACCGAGAUUUUCCGUAGGGCAUAUUACAACCCCGCUGCUGGGGAUGUACAGAACUUUGUCCAGAUCAUCAGCAACUUGCUGUCAGAGGAAAACCGGGACAAGUGGGAGGAAGCUCAGAUGGUGGGGCCCAAUGCUAAGGAGCUGUUCAGGCUUGUGGAGGAUUUCAUUGAUGUCAUUGGAUUUCGCAUGAAAGAUUUCCGGGAUUCCUACCAAGUGACGGACAAUCUAAUCCUCAACAUCCACAAACUCCCCGCCAAUGCAGCCACUGACAUCAGCUUCCCCAUGAAAGGCUGGAGGGGCAUGGUGGACUGGGCCAGGACCUCCGAGGACAAGGUCACCAUCUCCAAGAGCAUCCUCUCUACAGGGCUAGCAGAGACAGACGACUCGUCCGUCUUCGUGGUGGGCACGGUGCUGUACCGGAACCUGGGGAGCAUCCUCUCACUCCAAAGGAACGCCACGGUGCUGAACUCCAAAGUCAUCUCUGUGACUGUGAAGCCAUCUCUCCGCACUCUGCUUACGCCCCUGGAGAUCGAGUUCUCCCACCUGUACAAUGGAACCACCAACCAGACCUGCAUCCUGUGGGACGAAGCCGAUGUAUCCUCCUCCUCCUCCUCCCAGCUUGGUGCCUGGUCCUGGCGCGGCUGCCGAACAGUCCGAGUUGAUUCCUUCCGAACUAAAUGCCUCUGUGAGAGACUCUCCACCUUCGCCAUCUUAGCCCAGCUCAGCUCAGACAUGAACAUGGAAAAGGUGCUGGUCCCUUCUGUCACGUUAAUCGUAGGCUGUGGAGUAUCUUCACUGACGCUUUUGCUCUUGAUUAUCAUUUACGUCUCUGUCUGGAGCCUGAAUUUUUUAGCUUCCGAUUCCACCCGCUGGGUCUUGGUAUGCCUAUGCCUGGGGAGUGAGUCGAGAUAUAUCCGCUCAGAACGCUCUGUCAUUCUCAUCAACUUCUGCCUGUCCAUCAUUUCCUCCAAUGCUCUCAUUCUGAUUGGACAAACCCAGACCCGGAAUAAGGUGAUAUGCACACUGGUGGCAGCUUUUCUGCAUUUCUUCUUCCUCUCCUCUUUCUGUUGGGUGCUGACAGAGGCCUGGCAAUCCUACAUGGCUGUGACGGGCAGGUUACGGAACCGCAUCAUUCGCAAGCGCUUCUUGUGUCUCGGAUGGGGGCUGCCUGCCUUGGUGGUUGCCAUUUCCGUGGGAUUUACGAAAGCCAAGGGCUACGGCACCGUCAACUACUGCUGGCUGUCAUUAGAAGGAGGCCUUCUCUACGCCUUCGUGGGACCAGCAGCUGCAGUUGUUUUGGUGAACAUGGUUAUUGGCAUUCUGGUUUUUAACAAACUUGUAUCCAAAGAUGGGAUAACAGAUAAGAAACUGAAGGAACGGGCAGGUCAGAUGGCAGUGCCUCUUUACGGCAUGACGCUCAAAUGUUCCAAGUGUGGAGUAGUUUCUUCCGCUGAAGUUUCGGCCACAGCCACCAGUAACGCCAUGGCGUCCCUUUGGAGCUCCUGCGUGGUCCUACCUCUGCUGGCGCUGACCUGGAUGUCUGCAGUUCUGGCAAUCACGGAUCGGCGGUCAGCGCUCUUCCAGAUCCUCUUCGCUGUCUUUGACUCCCUGGAGGGCUUUGUCAUUGUGAUGGUUCAUUGCAUCCUGAGACGAGAGGUCCAGGACGCAGUGAAGUGCCGAGUAGUGGACCGUCAGGAAGAGGGCAAUGGAGACUCAGGAGGGUCGUUUCAGAACGGACAUGCUCAGCUAAUGACCGAUUUUGAGAAGGAUGUGGAUAUGGCUUGUAGAUCAGGUGAGCACAUCACAGUGCUGAAUAAAGACAUCACCACAUGCAGGACCUCGGCCAUCACGGGCACGCUGAAGCGCCCGUCACUGCAGGAUGAGGAGAAGCUGAAGCUCCAUCACCAGAAGGGGUCCUCGAACUUUAAUAGUCUUCCAGCCAACGUCUCUAAGAUGCACCUCCAGGGCUCCCCGCACUACCUGGGGGCCAUCAACCUGAAUGAGUUCAGCAACCACACGCUCACCCUGAAGAAGGAGAAGAACCAGCCACCCAAGUCUAUCUACAUCUGCGAUGGGGACAUCUUCAAGAAGCUGGACUCUGAGCUCUCCAGGGCGCAGGAGCAAUCCCUGGACACCAGCUACGUCAUCCUGCCCAGCAACAGUUCCUCCACCCUGCGGGCCAAACCGCCCAAGGACGAUGGCAAAUACAGCAUCAACAUAGACCAGAUGCCCCAGACCCGGCUCAUCCACCUCAGCAUGGCAACUGACCCGGGCUUCAUCGUCAAGAGCCCUCCCAGGGAGCCCACGGCUAUGACAUGCACCGAGGUGCAGGGCUCCCCCAUGCUGCAGCAGCAGCAGCAGGCCAUCUCCAGCGAGUCGCAGAUCCCAAACAGCCUGUGCGACCCGGGCGACUCAGGGAACUUGGGCAUGGUGCCCAAGAGCGAGACAGUCUCCACCCUUUCCAUGAGCUCCUUGGAGAGACGGAAAUCCCGGUAUGCAGAGCUAGAUUUUGAGAAAAUUAUGCACACGAGAAAGCGUCACCAGGACAUGUUCCAGGACCUGAACAGGAAGCUGCAGCAUGCAGAGAAAGAGAAGGAGUUACCGACAACGGAGAGCAAGCAAGAAAAACAGCAGACACCAAACAAGAGACCCUGGGAAGGAAUCAGGAAGGUCCACUCACCACCAUCAUGGGUUAAAAAGGACAUGGAACCUUUACCACAAUCUCCCUUAGAACUAAAAACUGUAGAGUGGGAGAAAACAGGUGCCACCAUACCUCUGGUGGGACAAGACAUUAUCGACCUUCAGACAGAAGUCUGAGCAGAAAGGAAAAAGGGGACUUUUUUUUCUGGAAAAAUGAACAAAACAAACAAAAUUUUAAAAGAUGAUUAAAUUCAAUCGAAAGUGAGUGCAGAAGAGUGUUUGGUUUCUUUUGAAACCUUUGCUAAAAAGAAGCAACUUUUGUAUUGUUCUCAGCAGAGAGAGGGAAUAUUACUUUAUAGAACUUAGUAGCAGUAGGUACAGAGCAACACGAUAUUCCCUGGGUAGGCCCAAAGAGGACAUGAGCCUGUAAAAGUAAAAGGAGGGGGAGUGGGUGGGGAGGGUGGGGAACAAAAUCAACACGACACUUUAGUGGCGAGAGGAUGAUGGGGAGCCAUCGCCAGAUAUGUUGAGUCUUCCUGCUCUGGAACUGGGAGCAACGAAAGGACACUGGGAGCAAAUAUGGCGGCAGAAGGGCCAAAAGGAUUGGGGUUGUCUUGGGGGGAACAAGGAGCAGGGAUUAAUUCAGCGGGAACCCAGCCAGGAUGCUAGCUGGCCAAAGGCUCCAGGGGAAAGCUCAGCAUUGGCUGGUCUAUGAUGUCCCAUUGCAUGGCGGUGGGAGGGAGAAAGACAUAUCCCGCUCACUUCUGUUCCCCCCUGACCCAGCUCUUUGGAGAAAAAGGGAACUGGAGUUAACAAGCUGUUUCAUCCUGUGGUCAAGAAGAUCACUGCACUCCAAUCUGAAAAAUUAGGUUCUCAGCCAUGGAUCUACACAAGCCAGCUCAGAGGAUGCUGUGGGGGAGACGCAGGAUAUAGUGGUUGCAGCAUAUGGCUAGCAAGAGUGGCGUGGUGGGUAUUUCCCCCCAUCCCUCUGCAGAGGACUUCUUGAACUCUCUGAAGAGCGGGAUGCACAGAGUGGGAAGAGAGCUUCUCUUAAGUCAACAACAAACCCAUUCAUCUCGUCUCCAGAUAGAGACAUUAAAAAAAAAAAAAAGAAUGUAGGUCAUUACAUUGACUGUUAAAAACAGAGAUAAGCUCAACACGAACCUUGUGUAAAGGUUCAUAUGGCCUCAUUGUCUUUUCCUUUUUUUGUUUUCGUUUGGUUUGAGACUCGACCUAUUUCCAGCCACCUCCCCUGGAAGCCACAGUGACCUGCUUAUGUACCUGGAGAUGUUCAGUAUAUGGAGAAUAUUGCCAUAGGACAUUGAGACAAACUGAUAAAUGAGUAACAUACACUUGGAAAAAAAAUCUAUUUUUUCUUCUUCUUUUCUUUUCUUCAAUAAAAACAGAACUUGAAACCCAA